AUGGCAAAGCCAAAGGUGCCGCAAAAGUCUUACGCCUCGGCGGUGGGAGAGGAACCAAGUUCGACUAGAGACGGCGCAGCAAACUCGACAGCGGGCGGCAGCAAGAAGAAGCGCCAUCGCGCAGGCAAAAAGCGUCGCAACCGCAGACAGAGCUUUGCUGCUCCUUCCGAGUCGACUGUUGCCGAACGUGACGAUGACCAGAACCAACGACCAUCGCUAGCCACGACGCGACCAUCAAACACCCAAACCAGCUUCUACCGCCUCAAGUCGGCCGCACGCAGCAAUACCAGUCUCGAAAGUGAUGCGCUUCUCGACCACCGUGAGCACCAACCCAUCCGCCCCCGUCGAGGAAGCAUUCAACAACCUUCGAGGAACCAGGGCGGUCUGUUCCCUCGCAACCACCGCAGCUCACAGCAUGCCCAGUCGAGUCCUAUGAAGCCUCGUCAGAUGCACUACAGUGAUGAUGACGACGAAGAGGCCGUGACUGAUCGUACCCCUCUCAUCUCUCAAUCCUACUACGACCGACCUCCAAUCGAACGCAACAGAUCUGGUCACCGCGCUUACGGUGGUACUCGCCGCAGACAGUCGGCCACGAGUCACACAUCAAGCAAGAGAGCCAGGUAUCCGAGCGGUAGCGACGACGACUACGAUGUCAACAACCCUCCGUCAAUGCCAGGAUCCCCCAAGUUGGGCACCCUCGACGAUGUCAUGAUCGCUCAGGAGUUCUCAGGCUCACCCUCGUCCCAAAACCGUGAUGCCGUCAUCAACAUUGAUCGUGACAACAACUCUGACCGUUUCCCUUCGUCUUCUCCACCGACCCCGUCUGCCGAAACUCGCAGACGUACUCUUGCCAACCUGGCUGAGAACGAUGUGUGCUAUCCCGGUAACAUCGCAGAGUCAGAAAUGGGCGAGGAUGAUAUGACCCCAACUGAUCAAGGUCAACGCCGCACGAGUCGUCGCAGACGCCACCGUCAAUGGCCAGAUCUCGAGGUUCUGGACGAAUGGAGCCGUAUUGAAAAGGAGGAGAGAGACCACACCGAGCAGAUUCGCUCCAAAAAGAUCAGCGAGCCUGUCAUGGUUGGUGGCCGCCUGCGUCCUGCAAAGACUCAAUGGCACCGCGAAGAAGAUGACGCGCCAUAUCGCUACACCUACUUCAACGAAACCUUUGAUGGCACUAUCCAUAGCAGGACUAUUUCCGAGCUCUGUCAAUUUGGUGCCACCUUCCGUGAGCUGUUCAACCCUGAGCCUCCAGAGCUGAGCGAUGAUAGUAGCUCCGAUGAAGAAGACCACCCGCCACCAGAGGCACCUUCUGGCCGAGAAUCAAGGCUCAGUUCGAUCGCUGGCGAUGGAAAGGCCCCGGAUCGUUCUGCUUCCGCAACCCCUGCUGGUUCUCGCCCUCGUGUACUCAAAGACAAACGCUACGGCCCUCGCCCUACUUUCUGGCUCGAUGUCCUCAGUCCUUCCGAGACAGAGAUGAAGAUCCUUGCCAAGGCUUUUGGUAUUCAUCAACUGACUGUUGAGGAUAUCAUGAUGCAGGAGCCUCGCGAAAAGGUCGAGCUGUUCCAGAGCUACUAUUUCGUCAACUACCGCAGUUUCGAGCAAGACAAGGAUAAUGAGGAGUACAUGGAGCCCGUGAACAUGUAUGUCGUUGUCUUCAAAGAUGGCGUCAUCAGUUUCCACUUCUCCAUGACCCCUCACCCUGCUAAUGUUCGCCGUCGUAUUCGCCAACUUAACGAUUACAUGUCUCCGACAGCAGACUGGAUUUCCUACGCCAUCAUUGAUGACAUUACAGAUGUGUAUGCUCCUUUGGUCCAAGUCAUUGAAGAUGAAGUAGACGAGAUUGAUUACGAGAUCCUUGCACUUCAUUCCUCCGAAGAAAAUUCAGAUGACAAGGCUAAGAAUAGUGCAAAGGCCAAGGAGCUUGAAUACGAGAAGAUGAACAAGGUCGCAGGAAGCGAUACCGCAUCCGAAAAGGGCGAACGCACGGCUGGCGACAGUGGUGGGGACAUGCUCCGACGCGUUGGAAACUGCAGAAAGAAGGUUAUGAGUCUUUACCGUCUCCUUGGUAAUAAGGCCGAUGUCAUCAAGGGUUUCGCCAAGCGAUGCAAUGAGCAUUGGGAAGUCGCACCCAGGUCUGAGAUUGGCCUGUACCUCGGCGAUAUUCAAGAUCAUGUCGCAACCAUGACCGGCAACUUGUCACAUUACGAAAACCUGCUUUCGAGAGCCCACGGCAAUUAUCUCGCCCAAAUCAACAUCCGUAUGAACGAGCGUGCAGAGCAGACCAACGACGUUCUCGGCAAGCUCACCGUUUUGGGUACCAUUGUCCUCCCUAUGAACAUUGUCACCGGCAUGUGGGGAAUGAACACGAAGGUACCUGGACAAGACGGUGAAGAUCUGACCUGGUUCUGGGGCCUCACAGCAGGUCUGUUCGCUUUCGGAUUGAUCUGUUAUUUCAUUGCCAAAAGAGUUUACGGUCUUGUCUGA